CAGGGUGGGCGGGGCGCAGCGCGGCGGCCUAUAAAGCAGCCGGGGGCGCGUCGGGCUCGGUUUGCGUCGGCGCGUCCUGCAGCGUCUCCCGCCGCCUUCGCUGCCCGCACCGGAGCGCGCCGCUCGGGAGUCAUGGCGACGAAGGCUGUGUGCGUGCUGAAGGGCGACGGCCCGGUCGAGGGCACCAUCCACUUCGAGCAGAAGGGAACAGGGCCCGUGGUGGUCAAGGGACGCAUAACAGGACUGACCGAAGGCCUGCACGGAUUCCAUGUCCACCAGUUUGGAGAUAAUACACAAGGCUGUACGAGUGCAGGCCCUCACUUUAAUCCUCUAUCCAAAAAACAUGGGGGACCGAAGGAUGAAGAGAGGCACGUGGGCGACCUGGGUAAUGUGACUGCAGGCAGCAAUGGUGUGGCUGAUGUGUUAAUUGAAGAUUCUGUGAUCUCACUCUCGGGAGAUAUGUCCGUCAUUGGCCGCACGCUGGUGGUCCACGAGAAAGAAGACGACUUGGGCAAAGGUGGAAAUGACGAGAGUACAAAGACCGGGAACGCCGGCAGUCGUUUGGCCUGUGGUGUCAUUGGGAUCGCCCCCUAAACAUUCCUGCCAUGUGGUCUGAGUCCCAGGAGCUCAUCUGUUAGCCUGCUGGUUGUAGACAUGUAACCUGAUGCACAUUAAACACUGUCACCUGCAAGUGUCAUGCAGUGAUGUUUCCUAAGUUGCUUUCAGUACCUGUGGUGAAACUGAUUUCUGAAUCCUUGGAAGAUUUGUAUGGUUUUAUAAAACUCAUAUUCAAUUAAAAUGUCUGUUUGAUGUGUGUAUUUUGCCAGACUUAAUUACCCGUGCGUGUACACUGAUUGUCUGAAUUCAGUUCUGCAGCCCUGUGAAUAAACACUGUGUGGCACUUCUUUCGAGCCUAUUAAAGAAUCCAAACUGAAAACCCGA